AUGUCCACCCCAAAACCACAAACGCCCUCCUCCUCCUCCGCGGCAAGCCUCCAAAACGACAUCCCACCGCUCACCACGCUCCUGCCGGCUAUCUUCGUCCCCGUAACGGGCGCCUUCUUCACACACACGCCGCCAGCCACGCGGGCCGCCCAGAUCCGCGAGUCCAUGGCCGCGCUGGAGACGCACUCGGCCCACGUGCGCGCCAACAUCCUCGCCCUGACGGAGCAGGAGUGCCGCCGGAUAUCGCGCGACGCCGAGAUCCAAGAGGCCCGGGCGGGCGUGGGCGCGCAGCCCCCGCCGCGGAGGAGGCUCGCCAGCGCCGCGGACAAGGCCGCCAUGGUCGCCAACAUGCAGGCGGCGUGGGAGCCCAGCGCGGACAGGGAGCUGCCGCGGACGCCGGACUUUUCGGGCUGGCUCGUCUCGAGCCCCCGCGAGUGGGGGGAGAGAGAGGUGCUGAGGACGGUGGCGAGGACCAUGGCGGACUUGAAGGGGUUUGGGGAGCACGUCGCGAGGGUGAGGGGCCGGUAUGAGGAGGCGCUGCAGAGGGAGGAACGGAGGGAGCGUGAGCGGGAACUCCACGAGAAGAAGUGA